AUGGUAAAAAGUGCAAAGAGUAUAUUUUUUUUUCUUUUCAUUUACUUCAGCUUUCGGUUAUUAAAGAUUCUCUCUUUGCUUGUGUAUUUGAACUUUACUUUUGAUUGACGGAGUUGUUACUGAUCUGGUUGUACUGAAAUAGGAGUAUCAGUGUUGGUUUCACUUCUGGAGGUCAUCUUUGGUUCCAUUUGGUUUCUGGGUUAGUUCUUUUCACUUCUGUGGUUCAUCUAUGUUGACGAAUUGAAGCUGUUUAUGGGUUAUUAAUAGAAAGAUGAUUGAGUUCAACCCAAGUGCAUUUGGCCAUUUGAGGCCCUUUUGCACGAGGGUUUUCAGUUUUGGCAAGGGAAUAAUAAAGCGUCACUGUAGAUUCUGGAUCUUUCCAUCAUUCAAUUGGGUUAUUGCAGUUGGGUCAUUUUUAACAUUUCUUUUAGCCAUGGCAUGUGCAUAUUUGUUUCUGUUCUCCAGAUUUCAGCCAGAUAUUCAUAGUUAUGAGAUUCCUAAGUCCAAUAGUUCAGUUAACGAGUGCAAUGUUUUUAGAGGAAGUUGGAUCAAAGAUGAAAGUUACCCUCUGUAUAAUGCCUCACAAUGUCCUUUUGCUGAGCGUGGAUUUAAUUGCUUAGCUAAUGGGAGAAGAGAUAGAGGUUAUACAAAAUGGAGGUGGAAGCCAAAGAAUUGUGACAUACCAAGGUUUAAUGUGCAUCAAAUUCUUGAAAAAAUGCGUGGGAAACGGAUUGUUUUUGUUGGCGAUUCAUUGAGUAGAACACAGUGGGAGUCUUUGAUAUGUAUGCUCAUGACUGGUGUGGAGGAUAAGAGGAGUGUUUAUGAAGUCAAUGGGAAUAAGAUAACUAAACAAAUUAGGUUUUUAGGUGUAAGGUUUAGUUCAUUUGAUUUAAGAAUUGACUUUUACCGAUCAGUUUUCCUGGUGCAACCUGGCCCGACGCCAAGGCGUGCUCCUAAGAGGGUUAAAUCAAUACUUAAACUUGACAAGUUGGAUGAUAUUAGCAAUGAGUGGAUUGAUUCUGACGUGCUAAUAUUUAAUUCUGGGCACUGGUGGACACCAAGUAAACUUUUUGAAAUGGGCUGCUAUUUUCAGAUUGGUGCUUCACUGAAGCUUGGAAUGCCUAUCACUACUGCCUUCAAAACAGCAUUAAACACGUGGGUGUCCUGGGCUGAGACUACCAUCAAUGCAAAUAAAACAAGUUUAUUCUUCAGGACUUUUGAAUCUUCCCAUUGGAGUGGCCGGAACCGUCUUUCUUGCAAAGUGACACGGCGCCCUUCAUCAAAAACUGGAGGGAAAGACUGGAGCUCAGUUUCAGACAUAAUAAUUAGGGCUGUGAAGAAAAUGUCAGUUCCUGUAACAGUUCUACAUGUGACACCCAUGGGGGCAUUCCGGAGUGAUGCACAUGUUGGUACCUGGAGUGACAAUCCAUCUGUGCCUGAUUGCAGUCACUGGUGUCUACCCGGAGUACCUGAUAUGUGGAAUGAAAUUCUCUUGUCAUAUCUGAUGUCCAAGAAUGAGCUAUCUGUUCCUUAAGAAUGAAGUUGCAGGUUUUCCCCUUAUCUUCCACCCUCAAGUCCAACCUGUUUGAAUUCUUUAAGCUUUUAUUCACCUAAUUUCGGUUCAUACAAGAUUUACAGGACAGAAAAGCUCAACUGCAAUUUGGAUCAGAUAAUACUUCUUACAUCUAUUCUUUUGCGGUCAUUGGUGUCAUCACUGUGACAUUGUCAUUCACAAUGUUUUAUGCAAAAAAGAAAAAAGGAAAAAAAAAAGGUUGUUGAUGGCUGUAGCUUAAGAAAUGAACAAUUUGGAUUUUGGAUGCUGCUGUAUUUUGUACCUACAGAAAGAUCAAUGCUUAGAAGUUAAAGUUGUAUUCGGCUUGAAUUGUAUAGAGAGGUUAAUUCAGUUCCUGGUCUUGGAAUGCUGCAAGUCUUUGACAAUUGUAUUGGUAUUAUAAAACUUUUUCUUCCUUGAAACUCAA